GCCUAUAUUUUCUAGCUGUCGCUUAAUUUCUGUACAGUAGCUUUUGCCAUUUUUCUCUUUCAGUUGCUACAGAGUCAACAAGAUUUAUAUCAACUAUCUUUGUAAUGAAUUUCGAACACGAUUCAGAGUUGAAGGACGACACUUCUUCGUCUGAUAAAAACAAUGCAAACGAAAAAGAAACUUCUGAAAGGUUGUCAUCAGAUCAACCAACAGGACAGUCUGGGCCGAUCCCACCAGACGCUCAUGAAGAUGAGGCUCAGUAUCCCAGCCUACUCGUCCUUGUUCCGUUAACAUUUGCACUCAUGAUUUCCAUAUUCAUGAUUGCUUUGGAUACUAACAUUAUAGGGACGGCGAUUCCCAAGAUAGUCACCCAGUUCCAUAGUCUCAAUGAUGUUGGCUGGUAUGGAUCGGCUUACCUUCUAACUCUGAUGUCCUUUCAACCCACGUAUGGAAGAUUCUAUACCCAUUUUAAUAUAAAGUGGUUAUUCAUUUCAGCUCUUGCGAUAUUUGAGGUUGGCUCUACAAUCUGUGCAACGGCAACCAGCUCCAAACUUCUGAUCACAGGACGAGCAAUCUCAGGUAUGGGUGCUUCUGGCAUCUUUUCCGGGGGUUUAACUAUCAGUCAUGGCUUGGUCAGACCUAAGAUACGCCCGUUGUACAUUUCAAUCGUCACAAGUGUUUACGGCAUCGCAGCAAUUGCGGGGCCGCUUCUUGGUGGUGUAUUCACAGAUUCCGAACGUCUUACCUGGCGUUUCUGUUUCUUUCUGAAUCUACCAUUCGGUGGUCUGGCAAUCCUUAUAGUUGCAUUACAAUACAAAGUACCGCCACGCCCACAACCAGAACUAUCGAUACGACAGAAGCUGAAACACAUGGAUUUUCUAGGUGCUGUGUUACUUCUCGGUGCAAUGACUUGUCUUUUACUGGCAUUGAAAGACGGCGGCAUAAAUUCACCUUGGUCGAACUCAAAGAACUGGGGAUGUCUUCUCGGAUUCGGAAUCAUGAUAUUCUGUUUCCUUACCGUCGAGUUCAAACUAAAAGAUGGAGCUAUGAUUCCGUUUCGAAUCGCGUCUCAGCGUACCGUCGCAGCCAGUUGUUUAUUUACAGUUUUUGUCAAUAUGGCUAUAGACACACAUAUCUACUACCUACCUAUAUAUUUCCAAGCGGUACGUGGGACAACCGCAGAACAAUCAGGUAUCAGAAUGUUACCAUAUCUAGGUUCCAACAUUCUUGCCACUAUCGUGAGUGGGGCGAGCGUUUCGCGCUUUGGUUACUACGUGCCGUUUAUGUGGAUGUGUGGAAUCAUCUUCACUGCCGGCUGCGGAGUUCUCCAUACACUUGGAAGGUUCAGCACAACCGCGCAAUGGGCUGGGUAUGAGGUGCUCACUGGAUUCGGAUUUGGCAUCGGAUUUCAGGUUCCAUAUACUGCCGUUCAAAUAGUGCUUCCUACCGAAGACGUGCCUAUUGGAAACUCACUGCCAGUCUUUUCCCAAGCUUUGGGUGAACUGAAAAUGAUACCUGGCUUGGAUAGCUCCGAAAUUAUAGCGCUAGGCGCUAAGAAUUUGACAAGUACCGUGCCAUCAGAGUACCUAGAUGGCGUUCUUGAUGCAUAUACUUAUGCAUUGUCUCGGACUCUUAUUCUUCCUAUUGCGGCUGCUGGUAUGGCUUUUGUAUGUAGCCUUGGAAUGGAAUGGAGAAAAGUGGAGAAAAAAUAGGAUUACAGAUCAACCACGAGUCAUCUAUGUAGUUUGUAACCGAGCAGGCUUUUCUACUUCUUGUAUUUAAUUCUAAUAACCA